UGGAGGGAGAAGGCGACUGUCUCCCUCCCUCCCUCCUUUCCUUCCCCUCUCUCCACACUCUCCCUCCCUCCCUCACACCAGUGCUGGCCAUCAGCAGCGUCUGACGGCUGCAUCCUUUGCUGUAGCAACGCAGCUGCUCCUCCAUCCCUCCCUGCCUCGCCUGCAUCUGACAACCCGGCUGCAGGAGUCUUUUGUGUCUCUGCGGGGGCCAUUGUUGUCUCUCCCCUCUUUGGAGCAAACGCAACACCAUGGACAUGAUGGGCAACAAAGAGCGGCGAGGCGUGAAUUUCAAAGGCUUGCUGAAGAGGAAUUGGCUUCUGAUUGCCACGGUUUUAUCAGUGCUGCUCGGGAUCAGUUUGGGGGUCGUGGUCAGAGAGUAUGCGUCCCUCUCCCAGCUCCACAAGCAGUACUUCGGCUUCCCAGGGGAGAUCCUAAUGCGAAUGCUGAAGCUGGUCAUCCUCCCUCUCAUCAUUUCGAGCAUGAUAACAGGUGUAGCAGCCCUGGACUCUGAGGUGUCAGGAAAGAUCGGACUGCGAGCCGUUAUCUAUUACUUCUCAACAACCAUCAUUGCAGUUAUUCUCGGAAUUAUUUUGGUGAUGACGAUCAAACCAGGAGUAUCUCAGACAGCGGAUCACAUUGACAGAGCCGGGACCACACCCAACGUCACCACAGUUGACACACUCCUGGACCUCAUCAGAAACAUGUUUCCAGAAAAUCUAGUGCAAGCUUGUUUUCAGCAGUACAAGACAAAACGCAAAGAGCUGGAACCUCCAAAAGUUUCACCCGGCCCAACCAGUAUUCCAGCUCUCACAACUACCGUCAUGGAGGCAGUAGAGAAUAUCACCAAGAACUAUAAAAUCAUUGGGGCAUAUUCGGACGGAAUCAACGUGUUGGGGCUUAUCGUGUUCUGUGUCGCCUUUGGCCUCGUCAUUGGGAAGAUGGGUGAAAAGGGACGGAUCCUCCUGGAAUUUUUCGAUGCACUGAAUGAAGCAACUAUGAAAUUGGUCCAUAUAAUUAUGUGCUACAUGCCAGUAGGGAUCCUGUUCCUAAUUGCUGCUAAGAUCAUUGAGGUGGAAGAUUGGGAGAUCUUCAGGAAGAUGGGUCUUUACAUGGUGACGGUGCUGAGUGGUCUAGCAAUCCACGCUAUGGUCUGUCUUCCACUCAUCUACUUUGUCAUCGUGAGGAAGAACCCGUACACAUUCACACUGGGAAUGGCUCAGGCCCUGGUGACAGCGCUCAUGAUCUCCUCAAGCUCUGCCACUCUACCCGUCACCUUCCGAUGUGCCGAGGAGAACAAUCGCAUCGACAAGCGAAUCACACGCUUCGUCCUCCCAGUGGGGGCCACCAUUAACAUGGACGGCACGGCGCUCUAUGAGGCGGUGGCUGCCAUCUUCAUCGCCCAGCUGAAUGACUAUGCGCUAGAUGUGGGCCAGAUUGUUACCAUCAGUAUCACAGCAACGGUUGCCAGUAUUGGAGCAGCAGGAGUCCCUAACGCUGGCCUUGUCACCAUGGUGAUAGUCUUAACAGCUGUAGGUUUACCCGCAAGUGAUGUCACACUGAUUGUGGCUGUGGAUUGGCUCCUGGAUCGGUUCCGUACGAUGAUCAACGUGCUGGGUGACGCUUACGGAGCCGGUAUCGUCCAGAAACUGUCCAAGAGGGAACUGGAGAGGAUGGAUCUGACGUCAGACGUGGACGUCGCCAACCCCUUUGCGCUGGAAGCCACUCUGGAUGACGAAGAGUGCGAGAAGAAAUCCUACGUGAACGGAGGCUUCACCGUCGACAAGACGGAUGCAAUCUCCUUCACUGAAACCUCCCAGUUUUAGCCUUUGGCUGGCUCAGGGGGGCCAGAGAAAGUGGCACGCUGCUGGGGAUGCAAAGCAGAGAGCUUUCCAUCAUGUAUCAGCACCAUGACACGAGAGGAAAACGAUCCAGCCAGACCCAUCCAAGCUCAGACAUCAGCAAUAGCAGCCUCCAUUAAGAUUAUCUGAGAGGAUCACCCAUCAUGUUGGGCAACCAUGACUAGAUUAAAGUGCUUCCCUCUUACUCAAAGUGUGCCAAGAUUAAGAAAAGUCAGUCUUCUUUUGAAUAAGUGUCUCCUCCAUGCAAAGAUGCACUUAAAGGUUGUGUGUGAGUGUGUGUGUGUGUAUGUGUGUGUUAUGUGCGCGCGUUUGUGCGCAUGAGGAUGUAUCUGAGGUGUGUAUAUUAAAACAAAUAUAUAAAUUCAUUCAUGUACUUUUUUUGCUCCUUGAUUAGACAUGAAUUCUCUAAAAUGUCUGAAUGAUCUUCGCGUGGCUGUUGUGAAAUGUCUAUUACCCAUGAUGCACUGCUUGUAUAGCUAUCUGUAUAUUUAAACUGUGCCAAACAUAUAAAGAGUUUUUACAUCGAGUUGCAUGAGGCAAUAUGUUAAGAAAUGGGGGUGGCUGGCUGCAGACUGGUUUUUUUAUGGAGACUUCACAGAGACUGGGGAUGGUCCACAAAGGCUUAUGAAGUCAACGAACACUGUGAAACUUUUUAUUUCAGAACCAAAUCGCUCAAAUCUGUUGAUGCAUUACAAAAAAUAAUCAUAAAUAUUAUCUGUAUUCAGGCAUUGUGGGGGAAACCUAUUGGAUACGGCUGAUUGUAACCAGACCAUUUUCUUUGUCAGCUCAUGGAUUUAUAUGUCAAUAAUCUGAUUUGCUAAGUUUGUCAUUCUAAGUUCCUUUUGAAAAUGUCGCUUUCUCAUUUUGACUAUGUUGUGGGAUUGAAAUAUGUUCAGAUGCUACGGCAGCUCUGCUAUCACAUAGAUGCAUGACAGGCUUUCAUCUGUUGAACAAAAUGAAGUUGGUUAUAAACAUUUUUGGUGAAACAAGACAAAACCUUUGAGUGCAUUUGGUCGGCUAAGGAAUAGGUUGACAUUUUGGGAAAUACACAUCAUACAUUAUUCUUCCCAGAGGGAGCUGGGACGAUCAGCAGCACUCUCACGUCUGAUUUAGAUAGUGGGACGACUAUUAUUACACUAUAUUUUAACUGGAAUUCUCUCAACAUUUAACUUUCGACAUUUUUGAACUGGGACAUGUUUGACAUAGUUAGAGAGCCAUUGGUUUAAAGUCUCUAAUACCAUGCUGGCUGGCUGACACACAUCUCUAAAAAGCCAGUAGCAUUCAUACAUACACACUUGAACAUAUCAAGCCAGUUGUGCUGUCACAUUUACACAAGCACACGGUUAACACUCCCAACAGUUUCAACUGACAUGGUUACUUCAAAUAUACAAAGAGGGAAGUAUUCCUUAAAUAUUGAUUUACUGUAUCCAUAAGUAAAAUAAGAUUGGCAUUAGUUGAGAAUCCGUGCGUGUGUACUAGAAGUACAACAUGUGGACAAAGGAGUUUUUAUGUCAUAGUGGCCAUGGAAAGUACUCCCAGGUCCUGAUCUUGUUGUCCUGAAAUAACUGCAUAGGGUUGUUGCAAAAAUGGCUGCCGGGUUUGGUAUGGAGGAUAUUUCCCAAAAUACAAACUGGCAAAAAAUGGCAAACGCGGAUGUACUGCAGCACAUUAGUACAGCACCCUAACAGAUAGCUACGACACUCUCAUAGUUUCAUGCUGUAAAAUUCAGAUCAGCGGUGCAGGAAGACCCAGUCCUCAAAAACAUCUGGUCUGUAGCCAUUGGGCAUUUUCACACCUGAAAGUCUGGACGAUGGUCUCAACCAAGCUUCACGUCUUUGGUUAGUUACAUUGUAAUUUAUACGUCCGUAUACGUUUUCAUUACUUAUUUGGGAUGUAUAGGCCUACUUGAAAUUGGUAUGUAGACGGUCAUGUGACUGAGGUCGGCGUGUUGUCAAUUCGGCCGUUGUAGUCGCAAACAUUUUUGAAUAAAAAAAUUGGCUUUUCGUUUGAAUGGAGAAAAUAAAUCAACCCGUGCAUUUUGUUAACUUCAUUGCCACUGUAAUUUCAUUUUGGUAUAACUACCAGCAAAAUGAACAUCAUCAUCGUUCCAACAUUAAACUCUUGGAGGCAAAGACUAAAAGCAAUCCUGUGACCUGCUUCUGCUUAUUCUAAUGUCUAUAUGUUUAAUGCCGUCUGAAGUCAUUAUAAUUGGUGUGAAAGCCCGAACCAUGUUUUCACACUGCAAACGAACUGAGCCAUGGUUCACUGAAACACUGAAUAUUUAUUCGAUUUUUUGCAAUAAUCAACAGGCUCUGUCUGAGGUACAUCUUGAUUUUAAAUUAAUGUAUGUAAUCAGUGCCUAAGCUAAUAAAUUCAUUGGUAGUCACCUACCAAGUAAAUAAA